GCCCUUCUUCACCUCAGAUACCUACAUGUCCACACUACGCGGCGGUUGCGCGCGUCGCUGGCGUGCCUGCCAAGUACUGUGUACAUACCACGCAGUCCCCUUGGCCAGUGGCACGUGCCAAUCGCGCUUGGGGAGGGGGGUCGACGGCUAAUUCCGUCCAACGCCAGAAACCAGCUGCCUAUCUCGGCUGGGGCGUCUGCAAUACCGCCGUUCUGGUCUGUCCUCUUUGCUCUAUAAAACCACCAACCCUUGGCCGAGAAGCCGUGGCGACAGGCUCGAACUGUGCCGUCGAUCGCCAGGCGCGUGGACUGGACCUGAGAGCGGGAAUGGUGCCGGUGGUGGGUGGUUGUCGUGUUUAGCUCCCCCAAGCCAAGAUCACCUCGACCAUGUCAGAAGGCUAUACUCACACGUAUAGGAUCCGCCGGCUACCUAUAUUAUCGCGCACAGCUCCCCUGCCUACGCCCAUCCCCGCCCGGGUGCUGCAAUAUGUCUGUUGGGGGCGAGAAGGUGGAAGCUGAAUCGAUGUCGAACGGAUGCGGCGAGGUAAGCCGUCGUCCAGUCCGCGUCGUCCCCCCUCCCAGCUCUAGGCCAGCUCCCACCUCUACUCAUACAGUAUGUACGUACAUACAGAGAGAGACCUACGUACGUCUGCAUGGACGUGCGCCGCGCGCAGCUUCGACGGCAUCUGCUGCGCAGCGCAUAAUUUCUGUGGCAGUGAAACAGCCGUCGCUCGUUGUAACCGUUGUAUUACAUAUCCGGCACUGGACGCGCGGACGCGCGCAGACACGCCUCUGCCCCUGCAUAUGGCCCCGAGCGCGGCGCCCACACGUCGAGCGCAUCGAGGGACGGCCUCGCCAUCGGGCCUCGAAAAGCUGCGAAGGGGGAGGGAGGGUAACGAUCGACCGGAUAUCUGGGGAUGCUCGGAGCGGGUUAGCGGGCGACCCCAGGCGAGACUUAUCCCAGGAAAGGGAGGGUCGAUCAGGCACGCAACCCAGAUUCUGCUCUGCUCUGCUCUGCUCUGCCUCCCCUCCAUCCCCCCUCUCCUCUCUUCCUCUCCCUCUUCCUCUCCCUCUCCCUACCUCCUCCUUCUGGUCGAGGGGUCACGACGUAGUAGAUUAUAGAUUAUAUGCAUACCAAGGUGCCUACUUAGGCAGGGAGGCGUGUAGCCGAUCGCAGGUGGUUAUAUGAACGUGCCACCUCCGUAGCAUGUGGCCCAUUCGCCCGAAUCCACCCGUCCGCGCCGUCGACAGCGUAAAGGUCGCGACGUGGGCACGAAUUGAAGAGGGCAAAGGCGCCUAUAUGGAAAUGCCAUAGAUGCAUGUGAAAGCGGUGAAACCCUCGAAAUCUAGACAGACUCGAGACUUACUUGGAGCCCGCCGCCACCAUGGAAUGUUGGUGUUCUACUCGUACAGAACAUUCUUGAAUGCACCCAGUACGUUGUUUCGAGG